CACACACACACACAUUGCCAGCAGUGGUGAAUCAAGGUUCCUGUGCAAUGGGUAAACACACAUCAGUGGUCUGGCCGGUCACUCACCCGGCCUGCAGUUGUGUCCACUAUACAUGAAUCACCACAAAUGUAGCAGAUUGAUAGACUGAUGGAAAUGCACACUUUUAUUAAAAAUGUAGUUUGCUGAAUUUAGAAUUAUUAAUAUUAUAACAGCCCCAACGUGACAUAUUUUUCUCUGCCUUUCACUCUAUAGUUUCUUUCCUCUAUCCUCUAUUUGCCCGCUGCCCACUCUGGGUCUUUCGCCGGUCAGUCACAACCACAGAUCCAUGAAGCACACCCUCCUGGGGAUCGAUAACCUGCACUGACCGUGGCAUAUUUGCCCUCUGGACCCCAGGUCAGUGUGCCAGCUCAACCUACCGCUUCACACACUGUUGCAGAGUCUCUCUGGUCCUCGUCACCAUCACCACAGAGUAGCUUGGAGUCUGCAGACCACCCAAGGGCUUGGGAGACUGCACACUGGGAGGCCUGGGUGGGUGAAUGCACUGAAGGAUGGCCAUGUUUUGGAAAGCAAUGGCAGGUGGACUGCUGUUCGUGUUGAGCCUCACUCUGCUGAGCUGGGGAGCUGUGGGGCAGGGGAACGGACGGGGUAAGAAAGAAGUAUCAGGCAGGGCUACUGUCUACCUCGGCCAGGACAGAGACAUCUGGAGGCCACUGAUCCACACAACAGUCAACCUCACUGAGAUCAGCAGUAUCAAGUCAUUCUUUCAGUUACGGACAUUUGACCCAGAAGGUGUCAUUUUCUAUGGAGACACCAAAAACGGGGUUGACUGGUUUGUGUUGUCCCUGAAAGACGGCAUUGCGCUGAUGCAAAUCAGCAAAGAAGACAUCAUCGUCAGCGUGGCAGGUGGCCCCAAGCUCAAUGACGGAAAAUGGCACACACUACAGGUGAGCAGCCAAGGGAAGUUUGUGAUUCUAGAGGUGGACGGCUCCAGUGGGCUGGUGGUGGGCAUGCAGUCCAAACAGCCAGAGGAGGUCCUUUCAGGUGAACUCCGACUGGCCCUUGGCGGGGUCCUGAUGGACAAGGAAAAGUUGAUUGUUCAGUUCGAGCCGCAGAUGGACGGCUGUGUGCGGGAAGGAAGCUGGCUAAACCUCAGCGUCCCCUGGGAGACAGAGGCGGAGGAGCUCUGGCCCUGCUAUCAAAAUGUGCAACCUGGCAGCUACUUCCCUGGCACUGGAUUUGCCAUUUUCAACACCUCAGUUUUCCCCAUUGAGGCAGAUCAUGGGGUCAUGGCUGAAUUGCGGGGAGACUUCAGUAAGAUGGAUGGGACCAUUUUGAGCAUCAAGGCUCCUGGGCAAGAGCUGAUGUUGGCUUUAGUGGCCAAUAAUAACACAAAGGAGGUGACGCUCACUUUCGGUAAAGAAACACACAUCAUGAAAGACACUUUAAAGCGACUGGUGAUGACCUUUAAGACAAAUUUACUGCAAGUGCUCCAAGAUGAAGAUGAAUCAAACACCACUACAUUUUCUAUCAGGCCACUGAGGGACCCUGGUUAUCUGACCACAUGGAGAGAGGGUCGUCUCGCCAUUGGAGGCCUUCUAGGCGAGGGUGAGGACAAUGUUGGCUCCCAGUUCUUGACAGGCUGUCUGGAGAAGAUCCAGGUCCAAGGGAGGGAUUUGGACCUGGAUUUAGCUGUCAAACACAUGUCGAUCUCCUCUCACAGCUGCCCUGCAUAGACCAUGAAAGUAUGCAUAUACAGUAUGUGGAGGUGUUUGCAGGGGAUGCCUUUGGGUCCAAAUGACAUUAAGAAAAAAUACAAUGUAUGUAAAGUGCAAAGUUGUCUAUAAAAUGAUAGAGUACAGUAGCCUUUAUACUGAUACCCUAAUAAGCAUUAAACUUUCUUAUUAACCUAAUAAUCAUUCUGUAGUCGAAUGGAGUAUUUGUACCAAUUAACCUCUAAAAUAUGGACAGUAAAAUAUGAAUAUGUUGUGCAAUAAAUAUCUAUCACAUUUUAACAGCAUAUGCUGAUUAA